AUGGCGCCGAUAAGCGAGGCACUGGGGCAACGCCGCGUACCAGUACAAUCAGAUGUUCACUCUCUCGCGGCAGCCAUCAAGUCAUAUGGAAAGACGAAGCAGUGGGCUGCGGCUCUGGAGCUGUUGCGGGAUACGUCGAGGAUGCGCAUGCAAACCAGCGUCGUCCUGCACAAUGCUCUUAUCACUGCGUGCGGAAAAGGCAGCCAGUGGCAAACGGCAUUGUCUUUGCUUGCCGCACUGCGGCACGAGAAGCUGGAGCCAAGUGUCAUCUACACCGACAUCUACAGCGCCGGAAUCAGCGCGUGCGAGAAGGGCGUGCAGUGGCAGCGGGCUUUGGCGCUGCUCAGCGAGAUGCGGGAGGUGGAGCUGGAGCCCGACGUAUUCAGCUUCAGCGCUGGGAUCAGCGCGUGCGAGAAAGGCGAGCAGCUGCGGCGGGCACUGCGGCUGCUCAGCGAGAUGCGGGAGGCGAAGCUGAAGCCCGACCUCACCUCUACUUCAGCUACAACGCUGGGAUCAGCGCUUGCGAUAAAUGCGACCAAUGGCAACAGGCCUUGUCACUGUUCGGCGCUAUGCGGGAGCAAAGCGUGGAGCCCGACACCAUCAGCUACAGCGCUGGGAUCAGUGCAUGUGGGAAUGGCGAGCAGUGGCAGCGGGCGCUGUCGCUGGCCAGCGAGAUGCGGGGGCAGAGGCUGGAGCUCGGCUGGCGCCAGAAUCGGGCACUCGGCCUUGGGGCACAGAGUCGGUUGA